GCCAAGAUGGCGGCGGCGGCGGCGGCGGCGGCGGCGACCGAGCAGCAAAGUUCCAAUGGGCCAGUGAAGAAAUCCAUGCGGGAGAAGGCUGUAGAGCGAAGGAACGUCAACAAAGAACACAAUAGCAACUUUAAAGCUGGGUAUAUUCCUAUUGAUGAAGACCGUCUCCAUAAGACUGGGUUGAGAGGGAGAAAGGGCAACUUGGCCAUCUGCGUGAUUAUCCUCCUCUUUAUCCUGGCCAUCAUCAACCUGCUGAUUACACUUGUCAUCUGGGCUGUGAUCCGCAUUGGGCCAAAUGGCUGUGACAGCAUGGAGUUUCACGAGAGCGGUCUGCUGCGGUUCAAGCAAGUGUCUGACAUGGGCGUCAUCCAUCCGCUUUACAAGAGCACGGUGGGAGGAAGGCGGAAUGAAAACCUGGUCAUCACUGGCAACAACCAGCCAAUUGUUUUUCAGCAAGGGACAACCAAGCUGAGUGUAGAAAAGAACAAAACCUCCAUCACCAGUGACAUUGGGAUGCAAUUUUUUGACCCAAGGACACAAAAUGUCUUAUUCAGCACAGACUAUGAGACUCAUGAGUUUCAUCUGCCAAGUGGAGUGAAAAGUUUGAAUGUUCAGAAAGCAUCAACUGAAAGGAUUACCAGCAAUGCUACCAGUGACUUAAAUAUCAAAGUGGAUGGGCGUGCAAUUGUGCGUGGCAAUGAAGGCGUGUUCAUCAUGGGCAAAACCAUUGAAUUUCACAUGGGUGGUAACGUGGAGUUAAAGGCUGAAAACAGCAUCAUCCUUAAUGGCACCGUGAUGGUCAGCCCAACACGCCUGCCCAGUUCCUCCAGCGGCGACCAGUCAGGGAGUGGUGACUGGGUACGCUACAAGCUCUGCAUGUGUGCAGACGGCACGCUCUUCAAAGUGCAAGUAACAGGCCACAACAUGGGCUGCCAGGUCGCAGACAACCCUUGUGGAAACACUCACUAGAAGGUCCAUCCUCAGGGCUCGGUAUGUUCAGAUCUCAGCUGGACCCUUCCUUUGUAAGAAUGCAUGUGAACCAUGUUUUUACAGGGUUUGCCAUAACUUGUAAUUCUUUUAUCUGGAGAGUACCACUGUCUCGAUUACAUACUUUCCAUACUUAAGGGGUUUUUGAGUGCCUAAAUCCUAAUGUUUUAUUAAGUUGCACUGAUACUCAAGUGACAGUCCUCUAAAAUGAUUAAGAGAAGUUAAUAAAGUCAAAACUAUUUGAAGUGUUUUUAACAUUCUACUGUCUCUUGUCUAAAGGACGAGGGCUGAAGCAGUUAGGCCUCACCGUAAGCGUUGGCCGUUUCUAAUGGGGAGAGAUCCUCUAGAGAUGUUUGGAGGCACAGCAUCGCUGCCUGUGCUCUGUCUUUUCAAGGGGAAGGCACAGAUUUUUAAUGCAUUAACCCAAAGCCACAUUUUCACAAACAAGUCAUUAAAAACUUUCCAUCUACGAGCUUAUAAGAAACUAUGUUUCCUUAGUUUUGCACUAAAGAAAAUACUCUCUCAUGGUAUGUUUACUUGAAAUAAUAAUAUGUAUAGGUAUUUGCAGUGUGUAGACCUUAAAACAUAAUCACAGCACUUAUGGUUAGCAGUAACAGGAGCUGUCAUCUUGCCAUGCUGUCCUGGGCACUUUAUGCUGAUCUCUGUAACUCCAAGUGCAUCUCUUUAAGUAAGGGCUUCGCUCCCAGCCUCACCCAUGAGGAAACCAAAGGACAGAGAAACCAAGGAAGCUGCUCCAUCCGCAAAGUGAAGGAUGGACUCUGAGUUGGAAGUCGUGCAUGUGUCCAACCCAGGUCAACCCGAUUCCAAGUGUGUUUCUGCCUUUUUUAUUAUCUACACUGAAUUUUCAACCACUUAAAACUCUCAACGGAUGGAAAAAGCCUAAUUGUACUUUACCUAAUAGGUAAAAAUCAAGCAUGUGUGCUACUCUAAUUAAAAUACUAAUCUGUUAGCAAAACAUGACCAAUCACUGUCAGUUCUCAAACUGUCUUGAACUAGUUCCAAGCUGUCAUUCACUAGACAAAUCUGCUUGGUCUGCUUGUCACACGGGAGCAUCCGAAUGAGUUAUAGAGAGGCUGGAAUACUUUUCCCUAAGCUCUGUGAAGUUCAGUGAAAAGUGGGAGGGUCGGCCUCAAUAGGCCCUGCCACCCCUAUGUGUUUCCUCCAGCGCCCCGCACCAGCAGCACCCUUUGCAAGUGUCCUGUGCCUAGAAACUAGCGUACACUGGAAUAAAGAGUGCUAAUGCAGGGCAUGAUGCAGGUCAUUUUAGCUAGGUAUAAAACUUUUAUCUCUGCCCCCUCAUCUCACUGUCUCAUUUUAAUUAUUUACAGCUGAUUCUUAGCAUAUUUUAUACUUGAUUUGAAAGGAGUUUCCUGGCAUUGCUAAAACACACAAGAUCAGAGACCCACAAUACAUAGCUCUAAAGUAGACAGUCGGGAGAUAUCGUGGGUCUAGCUACACAGAAGCACAUUUGUAUUCUGCCAUGGUCACUUAGAAAUGUGUGCAUAAGAAAAUCAAUGUAUAAAGCAAUUUGUGUUCAGUAUUGUCACAAUUCUGUUAAAGGGAAAACUAAAUACUGUAUAGAUUGUACACUAAGUUAAGAAUUAACUUGAGACCUGAAACUGAGUGCAGAUUUUAGAUGUAAAGAAAGUGAUUUAUACCUUAUAUAUUCAAGUAUCAUUUAAUAACUAAAUAGUGCUCAGAAAAAAAAAAUCAAGUUUGGAAUUCUCAUUUCCACAUCUGUGUAUUUUUAAAUUGUACACUGUUACAUGUUUUAUUUAAACUUGUUUUGAGAAUUUCUUUAAAUAAAUAUUUUUACUAAUCCACAGAACACUAUAUUACAAAGUAUUAUUUCCUAAAUGCAAUUCAUGAAAAAAAUGUAUUUUUACAUUUUCUUGGGAAGCACUUGUGUUUGAUACAUCUCCACCGAGCGCUUUGAUGCUUUGUGAAACUGGUGGUUACCAGGUGCGGCAUGUUAGAGCGCCCAGCAAGCAAACCCACUGACACACUGACCUGGAAGCUGUGCCGAGAAGCGGAGCCUGGUGCACAGUGAAGCCGCACUGCUCACGAAGGCCGCCAGGGGGCGAACCCCUGCUCCUGUGUUCAUUCCUGUUUUGAAUGUACCAUACUGAGAGGACUUAGAGCAGCGCGGGGGAACAGACCCAGGGAGGAAAACAGAGGCACAUUUAUUUAAGCAGAGACAGUAUUCUAGAGGUGGACACCAGUGCAAAGAGACAGAAGAAAUAAACAUAAGAUUCCUCAGAGACAAGGCAGCAGGGAAAAUGCACCAUCUGAAGCAGGAGCUGGUCGCUGUUACAUGCAGUCUUUCAAAACAUGCUUAAUUGGCAAUCUUUUUGCAUUGUGACAGAAGUAAAGUAAACUUUGUGUGGUGGUUUUGAUGAUGGAAGGUAGAAUUUCUGCGUGGUUUUUAUGACUUUUUUAAGGGGGGUUAGAAUUACUGUGGUAAACUUGAAGAGGAGACCAUUGAAGUGUUGUUCAUUCUAAUCUUCGGAGUGAUGUUCAAUGGGGGCAAAGGUUAUAAGUUGUGCCACACAAAAAUGAACCUAUAAUGUGUUUCAGAUUGAUGACCUCUGUUUACAAUAAAAUUCUGUGAGCUCUGC